AUGGACUUAACUUCAGCGUAUUUUUCUGAUUUUGAAUACUUUAAACUCUAUUAGCCAAUCCAUAAAACUUAUAAUAAAAAUAAGUAGAACAAUAUGAACAGAAAAAUAAGGUUAAAUUUAUAGGUCCACUCAGACCAGGAAAAAUAUAAGCAAAACUAUUUGUUCCUAAUCAUUUUAGAAAACUAGAGUGGCAUUUAAGUGGUUAACCAACAGAGGAAAUGAAAAAUAAACUUCAAAAGGUGGUUGUCUGCAAGAUACAUGAGGAAAUUUAGAAAAUGAAAGAAUGUGUAGCUAUUGGUAUAUUGUAUUUUCAAAUGUUUUGUUAAGGAAGUUGUGCAUUAGAUGCUGAUCAUGCAGCUCAAACCUGGGUAAUAACAGAUCAAAUUAUCAAAAUAGUUGAUAAAUAAUUAUCGAUAAUGAUGCCUAUCCAUCUCUCUGGUGAAGUCAGUGAACCAUCAAAGUUCUUGUUGAAAUAGCAUACACUUGUUUGCAGAAAGCAUUAGAAAUUUGCAAACUAGGUAAUAGAUAUAUAUAGAUGUUGGUAAUAUUAUUGAA